AUCACUGAACGUACACUGUGUUGCCGUGUGUUGUACGUUGUAUGUACUGUACGUGGUUUUGUUACUGAUCAUAACUGAUCUCGUGUGGUAUAUUGAACUGUUUAUGUUUCGGCGUUAUCAAGUUUUACAGGUAAAUCUGGUCAUAACAUGCCUAGAAAGAAUGCCAGAAAUAAAAGAAAAAACGGAAAUCAAUCCAAUCCAACAUUGUGUCAGAGCUCUAAAAGAAGGCAUCUACCUUCAGAGCCUCCAUUUUGCCAGCCAAACAGCACAUCGCUUGUAUUCGAGUCCCCAUCACGUUUCUGCUCAGAGUUAACUAGAGAUGGGACAAAACACAGCGGUGUAAAUGCUUCAGCUUCUGGUAGUGAUAUCCUACACAUGAUAGAGCGAGCUGCUAAAUCUGGCUCACCCAAGGAAAUGCUUGAAUGUUUUAAUCAACUGAUACACAAAGACAACAACGUUAACCAAGAAAGUUUGGACCAAGGUCUGAUUUUGUCUUGUAGGUAUGGUAGAGAGUUUUUGGUAAAGAUUCUGAUAUUUCAUGGUGCUAAUAUUGAGACAAGAGACGACGAUGGCAACACACCCCUUUUGAUAUGUGCUGAGAAAGGUUUCACUGACAUAGCUCUGUCACUGGUUGAUAAAGGCGCUGAUAUCAACAGUUACAACAAAGACGGUGACACGGCACUUUUACUUUCUAUUCAAGCAUCCGGGUCCUCUGAGCUGGUUCGAAGACUUCUUGACAAUGACAAAGGCAAUUUAAAAAUGGAUCAUAAAAAUAAUAAUGGGUGUGACGCUUUGAUGAAAGCCAUUGGAGUUUUGAACUUGCCAUUGAUAAACACCUUAAUAAAAAAGCAAACUGAUGUAAAAGCUUGCCCCGAUGUUUCUGUGUCAAACAGUGCUUAUCAACUAGCUGAAAGCUUAGGGCUUAAACCCUUACUAUUUUUUUUCGACCGACGGACACAAAAUAGGAAAACAGCUUUACAAAAUGCAGUUUCAAUGAAAGACAAAUACUUUAUCAAGCUUUUAUUAGCUUGUCGUGUCGUUGUCUUCAGUGGUAUCUACGGAGAAGAUAAUAAUAUUGUUUAUGAAUUUUUAGAUUCAAUACUACACACUAAAAAAGAAAUAACAGAAGACGAUGUGGAUAUAGUUCAUAUUCUUCAAAAGGCUGGAGCUCCUCUAAAAUGUAGGUACUAUUACCAUAGUUCAGAUAGCUUAUUAAAUUUAAGCAUAAGGACAGGAUGCUAUGAUUUAGUAGAAAUGAUUUGUCGUCACAGCACAGAUGCAAACAAAUACCAUCAAUAUCCCUUGGAAGUAAACAAACUAUUUCAAUAUCCCUUGGAAGUAGCUGCUGAGAUUGGAAGAUGUGACAUUAUAGACUUGCUGCUUGACCAUGGAGCAACGAUCAGUAAAGGCUCAUGCCCAGCACUUCUGUCUGCAAUUGAACAUGAUCAGUUAGAUUGUGCGAAAUUUUUGAUAAAACGUGGUGCUAAAAUAAAUGUUUCUGCUGUACUGACUUCUAUUGUCAGAGGAAAUAAGAUUGAAUCGCUUGUGUUUGUAAUUGAACAAUUUAAGUCAGAUGUUAGUUUUCAGAUAGAGCUAAAAGGAACCCAAUUAUUAAACAUUGCUGCAGAAAAGGGGUAUAAGGAGAUAAUAAGACUACUAGUGCAAGAAGGCGCCAAUGUUAAUGCAAGUCAUGAUUAUAAAUCACCUUUAAUGUCAGCUACAGAUCCUAAUGUUAUGGAACUGUUGAUCGAAUUAGGCGCCGACGUGAAUGUCAUUUUUGAAAAAUACGGAACAUCAUACUCAACUCUAACUUCUAUAUUGAACGAAAGUAAAAUGGUAUGUAAUAAUGAUAUUCUGCUAGAAAGAGUAAACGUCCUACUUCAAAAUGGAGCUAAUGUGAAUGUGGAAGACAAAGCAGGCAAUACUCCAUUAAUGGUAGCUUCAAAAAAAUUAGACAAAAAAGAGGUAAUGCGUGCUCUGCUACAAGCUGGGGCGGAUAUUAAUAAACGAAAUAACAACGGUGAUAGUGCAUUACAUUUCGCUACAAAUGGUGAGUCUAUCGAAAGUGCAAAAGUUCUGUUGGAGUUUAAGGCAGAUAUCAAUUUAAAAAACUACAUAGGACAGACACCUUUAUUCAGUUCGUUGCCAAGAUCAUAUAUGCAAAUGAUAGAGUUUAUGCUAGAAAAUAAUGCGAAUGUAAAUGAUGCCGAUACCAAAGGCAAUACUCCUUUGCUGUUUGUAUGUUCUUCAAAAUUCAACAAUCGCGUUAAAGUCGUGAGACUCCUAAUAAAAGCAGGAGCCAGUGUCAACUGUCAAAACAGUGAAGGGUACACACCUCUGAUGUUAGUUGCCAAACAACAAGAAAUCCAAACAAUGAAAGUAUUAUGUGAGGCAGGUGCUGAAGUCAAUUUAGUCAACAAAAAGAAAAACGAAACUGCUCUAUCUGCACUUAUAAGCAAAGGUCUCAGUCAAGGGCUUGAUACAAAACGUGUUCUUUACCUAAUAGAAAAAGGAGCCGACAGCUCAUGUUUAAGUCUUGAUAUUGUUCAUCAAUUAAUUUUGAAAAAGGAAAAUGGUUGCUUAAAACAAAUUAUAUCCCUUGGCGUAGGGCCAAAACAUGUUGAUCUAGCCUGCGUUGGUUUAGGUGAUUUAGCAAAAGGUUCUCCAUUCAUUGCUUCUUUGUGCUGCGGUUCCAUCAACGUUGCUAGGUUUUUAAAUGAGAUCUGGUUCUUAACCCAGUCUGACAUUUCAAGACUAGCCUACAAUAAACGAUUAAGGAAAUCCCUUGAGUCUAAACGGUACAGUGAUUGUUUGGAGUUUUUGGACGAGUACCUAUCCCAACCCAUGCCUCUACAGAAACUCAGCUUUGUUGCUGUGUCGUCAGCUGUAGGUGCUGAUGCUGGGAGAAAAGAACGGGUACAACGACUACCCAUCCCAAAUAGGUUUAAGGACAAGUUGCUGUUUAAGCAUGCAGAGCAGGCUGAAUUGGCAGCUAGCCCAAAGGUCCAAGAUACCUCUAUGCUGCAUCGUAGGCCAACGGCCCCCGUGUUCUGUGGCUUAGUCAGUUUUUUUUAGACAGUAAUUAGAUUAGUAUAUUUUAGUUGCCUCGAGUUUUAGGUUGUUUAAAAUUAAUGUGUGUGCUGUUUCGUGCAACGUCAUGUUGAGUAUCGCUUGCUUUGUGUCUGCCUUCAUUGGGGCCUCGCGGAGUGUGUUAACUUCAAUGUUAUCAAUAUGGAUGUUGUUAAGGUAGACCAAUGGCUUCGGGCUGCUCCUUGUGUAGGAAAGAUUGGUUCUACAAUGAAUUUGUUUACACGUUAUUUUUAAGUUGCUAGUUCUUCUUUAGACAGUGGUUAGUGUUUUUUGAGAAUGGCUUUUAGAUAUAGUAUAGUAAGGAUUAGUUUUACUCGAGUCUUUAGCUAGAUAGUAGUAGUAGGUAGCAUUUUGAACUUGUGUAUAUAUUUAUGUAUAUAUAUGCCAUUACCAUGUAUUUUUCUUAUGUUUUCCUUUUCUUUUUCUCUCCCCCCCCCCCCUUCCAGUGAGGUUGCUUGUGCGACUUGGCUGGGUGUUUUGUGUGGUGUAAAAAGUUUGUUUUGUUACGUUAAAGUUCUGUUUUGUUAAUCUAUUUUUUAUUUAUAUAAUUUUGGU